CAGCUACAGUAUCCCAACCCACCACCACAAGUAGCAGGCGCGUCCUUCAAAAUGGACUACCAGAACCGCGCAGGCUCAAAAUUCGGCGGUGGCGGCGUCGCCUCGCACAGCGCGACAAACGCCGACAGACGCGAGCGGCUGCGCAAGCUAGCCCUGGAAACAAUCGACCUCGACAAAGACCCGUACUUCUUCAAGAACCAUGUCGGGUCGUUCGAAUGCAGACUAUGUCUGACCGUGCACCAGAACGACGGGUCGUAUCUGGCGCACACGCAGGGCCGGAAACACCAGACGAACCUUGCGCGGCGCGCGGCGCGCGAGCAGCGCGAGGGAAAGAACCAGGACCCGUCGAGUUUGCCGGGUGCGAUGGGCGUGCAGGUUAAGAAGCAGACGAUCAAGAUCGGGCGGCCGGGGUAUAAGAUUACGAAGAUCCGGGAUCCGUUGACGAGGCAGCUGGGGAUGUUGUUUCAGUUGCAGUAUCAGGAGAUUACACCGGGGGUGGUGCCGCGGGUGCGGUUCAUGUCGGCGUUCGAGCAGAAGGUGGAGGAGCCGCCGGACAAGAACUUUCAAUAUCUCGUUGUUGCCGCCGAGCCGUAUCAGAAUUGUGCGUUUAAGUUGCAGGCGCGCGAGAUUGAUCGUCGUGAGGGCAGGUAUUGGACGUGGUUUGAUGAGGACAGCAAAGAGUUCUGGGUGCAGAUUAUGUUCAAGACGGAGCGCGAGGAGAGGUAUUCCGGCGUUCCUGGGUUGGCGCCGAUUGAUUCCAAGGCUUGAUACUUUCUUUUCUUUACCUAUUGGUUGGUGAUACUGGUGUUUGAGGACCAGGCUUUUCUUUCGUAUCCUAUCUCUCACCAUAGCUUCUAGGGAGGCGUUCAGGGGUUUUCGAUUCUCAGAUAAUGGCAUCAAAAUACUACUCGCAUCCAGCUCGGCAUUGCUUCAAAAAACCAUGUUCUAUCCGCUGAG